AUGUCGUCUUGGAAAAAAGCGGCAAAAGCCAAUCAGAAAACACAUAAGGAAAGGCAUCAGCCAGAAGCUCGAAAACACUUAGGACUAUUAGAGAAGAAGAAAGAUUAUAAGAAACGAGCCGAAGAUUACCAUGAGAAGGGUGCAACUCUCAAACUUUUACGAAAACGAACAUUGGAUAAAAACCCCGAUGAGUUCUACUUUCACAUGAUUAAUUCUAGAGUGAAGGAUGGGGAGCAUCAUGAAGUAGAAAAAGAGGAUGAAGUGACUUCGGAGCAGGUGAAGUUGAUGCAAACCCAAGAUCUUAAAUAUAUUAAUAUGAAGAGAACAAUUGAGAGCAGAAGAAUACAGAGGAUGCAGUCUCAACUCCACAUGACCGACGUAGCAGACUCAACGCCCAACACUCACAUAUUCUUUGUUGAAGAAGAUGAGGCAAAGAACUUUGAUUUAGCCAAGAGACUCGACACACAUCCCUCACUCAUCAACAGAAAGUCCAACCGACCGCGGCUGUCUGAUCUGGAUAAGAUUACUCUACCCGAAGUUAAUGAUGAGUUUGUCAAUUCAACCAAGAAAAUGAAGGAGCGUACAUAUAAAGAACUUUCCAAGAGAAUAGACAGGGAGAAACAACUGACUGUCGUUCAACAAAAACUGGAAAUUAAAAGACAUUUACAAGAUGUUAAAGUUAUGAAGCCAAAAAGAGUUAAACGAGGCACGGCCGUCUCAGCUCCAGUCUACAAAUUCCAGUAUAUGAGAAAAAAAUAA